GCAAGAAUAUUAAUUUCAAUUUCUUUGCUCUCUUACUUUUUCUCUACUAAAUAAUAAAUAUAAAUAUUUGUGAUCGUAGGAUAUGAGUAAAAACUAAAACUGGAAUUGUAUUACAGUGUGUGUGGCUAUGGCUUUUCCACAAACCCCAAUAAAGACCCAGAAUGGAAAUUCUUUUCGAUGGAAUGGUAGAUGUUUACCAGAAACAUAAAAGUAUCGAUGGUUAUAAACUAAUAUAAGGGAAACCGCUCCAUAAGUAACCAAACUAAAAUGAGGUUUGUCCUUGAGCCACAGCAUUCGCAGUCAGGGCGAUUAAUAAAUAUCAACAGAUGCUUCUACAAUUGCCCAUGCCUUUGCUGCCGCCAGGGAUGCUGUGUCAUUGUUGUAGGCUGCUGUUGCUGCUGCGUCAACAUCAACAACUCCUGCAACAAAUGCAGCUCGAGGACCAGCUACUGUUCACCGCCACUAGCGCGUAAAAAAGCUUGUGGUCCUGGUGGUUUGGUCGUAUCCAUUGUAGUGGGUACAAUUAUUGCGCUCGCUCGUUGGACUACGGCUAUAGCAACACUUAUAUCAAGCUGCGUGUUACUAGAGCUCUGCGGAAGUGGAAGCUGUGCAAACAACAAGCCCGUUCCGGUUCCCGUUACAGUUCCUACUGCAGCCAGCGCCACUACCAGCAGCAACACGGAUGCCAAGCUUAAGUCCCUAUAUGGCCAUAGUUCAUACGAUAUCACUAAUGAUCAGCAACUGAAAUCGAAGAACCUUUGCAAAAUGUUUUGCAAUAGUCGCAAUCGCAAGCGACAGCGAAGAAGGCGACGACGACGUAGGCGGCGUAGUAGGCACAGCCAUAACGGUAGAAGAACGAGUAGCAAUAAACAGCAGCAGCAACAACAACACCAAACGCAACAGCAUGAAAUUAUAUUCCGGCAAAGACUUACUCAUAGCCUUAGCGCUGAGACAUGCGCUUCCAUAGAUGCAUUAAAAGCGAUUAACGCAACUGUAUCAAAAUCGAAUCGUCUACGAAGCACGCCAGCAAGAAACGUUCGAGUAUCCUCUUUAAAGGCUAUUAUUUCGUCGUGGCCAUCGGCGAACAGCAGCACAAUUCGUCACUGUUCCAAGAUUAAACGUAAUCGAGCCAAUCUCAUCUGGCUGCUCAUUGGACUUGUCUGGUUUGAGGUAAAACUAAUUAACUGCAAUGCUAUCGGAAGCAGCAGUAGCUAUGUCUCAAAUUUUGUGACUCAUAAGGGAUGCACCAUAUGUCAUGAGGAAAGCAAAGCCAAUUUCUACAGCGAUAAAGAUAAUCCACACACAGACUACAACAGCUACAACAAGUACAAUAACAACAAUUAUUUCUACAAAAAAACUAAUCGCCCCCAUAACAAUAUUGCACCAAGCGACAGGGUUCGCUUAGAGUCAAUAAAACGGCAAAUUUUGACGAAGCUUGGCCUUACCCAUAAGCCAAACGUAUCGCACCCUUUACCCAAGCAAUUUAUUUGGGAAACAAUUUAUCGGGCGGACGGUGGAAGGAUGGUUUCUAACGAUGCAUUUGACAGCAGCAGUAGCGAUUUCGGUCAGCGUUCACGAUUGCAGGAACUAUCCCCAUCCGAAAUAAAUAGGUUCAAUGAACGAGACGGGACGGUUUUUGCCACUAGUGAUCCAGAUCCUCAUCAGGAUCGAUAUCGCUCUCCGGUUGCAAAUAAUUUUAACAUCAGUAGAAGCCCUAAAUAUGAAAAAUUCAUGAGAGAUCGAACAGCGAUCCGAGCCAUUCAAAAGAAUCACGAAGACGAUGUGAAAAGUAUAACCUUUAAAAAUUGGCCAGAUAUACGCCAGUUUAAAAUGAACUCUCGCAGUGGUUAUAUGUCUACACACCAGCCAAAGAAUAUCCAUACCACUACCAUUGCCACUAAACAGCGGAGAAAUGGCCAUGGCAGUGACAGCAGGAAUAGCAAUGGAGUCGGUGACAGAAAAGGCACUUCGAAUGCUUUCAGCAAAUCUACAUAUCUGAUAGAUAUAAAUCGUAGUAGUGAUAGUAGGGCCAAUACUGGCAUGAACGGCGGGAUCAAACCAAAUGAUCAUGUUUAUUUUAACGAUUACAGUGUUCAGGUCCAUGACAAAAGCCAGUAUGAGUCCCUCCAUGGAAGCAGCUACAGAAAUGGACAGCAUCCAAUAAACAUCGACUUUUCCAGCGGUAAUAGCGAGGAUGAAAAACAUAAGCGGAACGAUGACUCGGUCAUGUCAGACCAGGAAAACUUUGAUCGUGAAGACUUCUUUGGGAACACUCAGGAAAUAAUUACGUUUGCUGAAGAAGGAACGCAAUAUAGACAAUAUCGAAUAUUGGAAUUUUCUCCACAAAAAGAGCGUGUCCCUAGCCAGAAACUAUACAUACGCAGUGCUCAGAUACACAUACGCAUCGAUAAGCCACCCAGUUACUGGGAUGCAAAAUCUGAGCAAGAUUUACAUAUUGAACAUUUGGCAAAUACUAAACGGAAGUGGCAAGCAAGCUCACACCAUAGAAUCAAAAUCUGGGUGUUUCAACUGACAGCAGGAAUUAAUAUUACUGAGAAAGGAAUCGACCAGGCGUUCCUGUUCCGUGCAUCGUUUAAUGUUGACACCAAGCGCCUGGGAUGGCAGAAAUUCGAUCUUACUGAGACCAUCCGCAAAUGGUAUAGCCAAAACAGAGAAGAGAAUCUACGACUUUUAAUUGACUGUACCGGCUGCGGGCGCCGAUACUCACUUCAAUUAUUUCGAAUUUCGAUGCCAAGUUCUAACUCUAAAAUUGAUAAUUCAGCCCAUAUAAAUCCUAAUCCAAAUCGACCAUUUCUCGUGCUUCAUACUGAAUCAACCAGGAACCGACGCGUAAGGAGACGAGCAGUGGAUUGUGGGGGUGCUUUAAGUGGUCAGUGCUGCAAAGAGUCAUUCUAUGUAUCCUUUAAGGCACUGGGCUGGGAUGACUGGAUCAUAGCGCCAAGAGGAUACUUUGCAAAUUAUUGCAGAGGUGAUUGUACGGGACCGUUUAGGACACCCGAUACCUUUCAGACAUUUCAUGCCCAUUUUAUAGAAGAGUAUCGAAAAAUGGGACUACUAAAUGGCAUGCGACCCUGUUGCGCCCCUGUCAAGUUCUCCAGCAUGUCGUUAAUAUAUUAUGGAGAUGAUGGUAUUAUCAAACGUGAUUUACCGAAAAUGGUCGUCGAUGAAUGUGGCUGCCCAUAACCUUGCAACGAUAUUUGCCUUCAAUUACUCGAUUUUCCGUCCGGUAAAUUUUGGAGCUUUCUGUCGAAUUUUAUGGCAAUUAAUAAAAUCAUGUGUGCUCCUAUAUUAUAUUCUUAAAUCAGAACAAUCGUAUUGUUAUUCAAAUAGAUUAGACUCAAUUGAAUUGUAUUGUAAGUUAGAAUAAUGAUGACAAUAUAUGUAUGUAUUAUGUAUAUAUUUAAUAUCUUAUUCGAAAUUACAAAAGUGCCUAAAUUAACAACAAACAAAAUAACUAGAAGUGCAUGCAAAUUUAUAUUCAAAGAAUUUACUGAGUUUGGUGAAAACGCUAUCUUGGCACUGAGAAGUUUACUCUUAUAUCUAUAACACAUUGGAGUCUUAAUAGAAUACUGACAAAAAAUACUAUUAAACAGCAUACACAAUAAAUUAACACAAACAA